UUAACAGCAGCAGCAAUCAAACAGGCAGCAGGUUUCUCUAGUAAAACUGAAACAGUGUCUUAUAUGAAGACUGGUCUUUUAUGAUGGAUGAAGAACGUUCUAGUAUGAUUCCUACAAUGGCAGCUGGUCUGAACUCCAUUCUGUUUGCAAUCAACAUUGAUAAUAGAGAUUUAAAUGGACAAAGCAAAUGCACACCCACAGUGUCUGAUCUGUUAAAAGAAUCAACACAAAAUGUAACUUCAUUAUUGAAAGAAUCCACUCAGGGUGUUAGUAGUCUUCUUAGAGAGAUAACUGCAUCCUCUGCUGUCUCCAUUCUCAUAAAACCUGAUCAAGACACUGAUCCGCUUCCUGUUCUCUCAAAGAAUGUAAAUGCUGAAUUGAAAUAUAAGAAAGAUCGAAAAAAGAAGAAGAGGGUGACAAAUAUAAUAUCAUUUGAUGAAGAAAAUGAUGAACUAAAUGUGGGAGAAGCCACAAAGACCCCUAUUAUGGGACAAAGUUCAGAGGAGAGUUUAGAUAGAUCUUCAGUUUUUAUAUUACCCUCAUCUGAAACCAAUCAUGGAAAAAAUUCUAAUGAGAAUGAAAGUAACCACUCGUGGAAAAGUAAUUCUGUUUUUAUGAAUGGAGAGUAUGAAUACCAGAAACUAGAUGUGAAAAGUAUUGAUGAUGAAGAUGCAGAUGAAGAUGAACUAUGUGGAAAAACAUCAGGAAAUAAAGGCACAGAAGCAGAAACUGAACCUUCUGAAAAGCCUCAUGAAAUUGUCACAUGCAAUUCUCAGAUAUGCAGCUGGACUCCUCUGCAAGUUUUGAAUUAUGACUCAGAUGUCCUGUUUCCUGUCAGUGCUGUUGACUCCCAAACUGAUAAAUUGGAGAAUGGAGGGGGGCACGAAGAUGUUCUUGAUGCAGUAGAACUGUUUCCAAGAAGAUCUGAUCUUUCCUACAGAGUGGAAGUCAGUCCUCCAGCUCAAGUGAAUACUUUAAGCAAUAUGUUGCCUUCAGCCACUAUGCCCGAAUCGAUGACAAUUAAUGAACUUCGUCAAGCUAUUCUGGCCAUGGUGAAUAGAAAAGAUGAACUGGAAGAACAGAAUAGGUCCCUUAGAAAUCUGCUUGAUGGUGAGAUGGAGCAUUCUGCAGCACUGAGGCAGGAAAUGGACAAUUGGAGAAGGAAGAUAGCAGAACAGGAAGAGCGACAUGCCACGAAAGUCCAAGCCUUGGCACGAGAAAAUGAAGUGCUAAAAGUGCAACUUAAGAAGUAUGUAGGAGCUGUCCAGAUGCUCAGAAGAGAAGGUCAAGCAGUGGAAGUUUUGCCAAACAUUUGGAGCACUGAUGGUGAACUUAAUAUUCCAGAGCAAAAGCAAGUAGAAAACAAUGAGGAGCUAGCCAGCUCUUAUGAAAGAAAAUUGAUUGAGGUGGCCGAAAUGCAUGGGGAAUUGAUCGAGUUUAAUGAGAGGCUGCACCGUGCUCUAAUGGCUAAAGAAGCUCUUGUGUCCCAGAUGAGACAGGAGCUAAUUGAUUUGAGAGGGCCGGUCCCUGGAGAUUUGAGUCAAACAUCUGAAGAUCAGAGUCUGUCAGACUUUGAAAUAUCAAAUCGAGCUCUUAUUAAUGUUUGGAUUCCCUCAGUCUUUCUGCGUGGAAAAGCUGCUAAUGCAUUCCAUGUUUAUCAAGUUUAUAUAAGAAUAAAGGACGAUGAAUGGAAUGUUUAUCGAAGAUAUACGGAGUUCAGAAGCUUGCAUCAUAAAUUACAGAGUAAAUACCACCAAGUGAGGACUUUUAACUUUCCACCAAAAAAAGCUAUUGGAAAUAAGGAUGCAAAAUUUGUAGAAGAGCGUCGCAAACAGCUGCAAAAUUACCUAAGGAAUGUAAUGAACAAAGUUAUUCAAGUUGUGCCAGAAUUUGCAGCCAAUCCCAAAAAAGAGACUCUAAUUCAGCUGAUGCCCUUUUUUGUUGAUGUUCCACCUUCUGGAGAAGCAGUAAGCAAAAGCAGUUGCUUGAGAGUGACUACACGCUUCCCAAAACUGUCUCGCAGCCAUCAAAGAGAGCCACGAAGUCUGGAACCUCAAAGCGGUGAUCUUUGACCCUUUUUCUAAUUCUGAAUAUUGGCACUAUGUACUUUAAGUUGCUCUGUGAUUCCUUCCUAGCUUGUAUUUAUAAUUUAAGCUCCUGAAGAGACUACAGCUGCAUCAACUUAAAUCCUGAAAAAGACAUUCAUUACUAAGGGUCGUAUCUUGACGAAGUUCUUUAGAAGUCAGUAAUCACUUUCUCAGAAUGAGGGCUCUUCACCAGGGCUCACCACACUUGUAAGCAUUUCCUUUGUUUUGUGAAGCUUCAAUGCACAUAUUCUCCUUUGUUCUGUUCAAGCAAAUUCCUUGUUUGUGUUGUUGUGUCUUCCUUUGCACAUGUUCAUUUUUCUGGUUCAGACAUGAGUAUUAUAUCACGACAAUUUUCCUUGAAAGAACAGCUAUGUUUAUCACUACUUACUAUGUCAGUAAAAUGUACUUUAAAUGACCUCACUAAUUUAUAACCUCUUGUAAAUAGAAAGACUGGGAAGACUGUUGUGUUGUUUUUUUUUGUAAAUUAUUAUUGGGUUUUUUAAAAACUUGACAAAGUAGAUGACAAGGGAAAAAUGGUACAGUUGGAAAAACAGCUUUUCUAUGUUUCUAGCUUGAUAUUUUCAAUAGAUUUCAUUUGUGGCAAGUAAUUCUUUAAAAUCAGAUAUCAUAAUUUUUUUUUAAGUGAAAUUUCAGUCUUGAUUUAAGGCUGGGUGCAAUAUUAUUAAUUCCUGCAAACCACCACAAAAUCAGCAUGGUACAAAAUGGUGUUUUCAAGUCUUGGGUUAUACUUUGUUAUUAGCUUCUUACUGUUGCUACAGGGCACUCCCUCAUAUUAACUGUGAGUUUGGAAUUAAUACUCUUCAUUUGUAGAACACUUCACGUGGUGAUAAUUAAGAAUUACCUGUAAUGAAAGUGCCUGUUAUGCCUGUUACCAAUCAUCUGACACUGAACAGUAUUCUGCUAUGGUAAUACUGUAAGAGUAACUAAAAAAAAAAAAAAAAAAAGCAAGAAUUAUUACAAGUGAUGGAAGUUCAAACAAGGAUUAACUGGAAUCCAGUUCAGUAUCCAUUAGUUGCUCUGCUGUAGGCAGUCAAUUGUGUGUCAAUUGUGUGUCAGUUGUAUUCUGGUUUUCCUUUGUGUAAGAACAUCCUUAUUCUCUGAAGUUUUGUUUUUUAAUAAUGUUAAUUUAAAUUUGUGUAUUUUGUCAUUUUAGUAUCUAUUAAUUUUAUUCUCACAUCAGUAGAUACUGAAAUCUAACGUUAUCCUGCAAGAAAAAAAAAGUCAUGUUGAUGAUUAAUAACAGACUCUUUACAUCAGUGCUUUAAGAACAGCAAGUAGUGUCUGUGCGCUGGAUCAAAAUACAAAAUCUGAAAGUGCAGCUUGGAAAAUAGCCUUUUUUUUUUUUUAAUUAAAAGAUGCAUUACUGUUGGUGUCUUGUCUAACUGAAAUAUUUACUGAAGAAGGAAGAAAAGCCAGUAGCAAGUCAGCCAAAACCUCUCCAAACUCUUCAGUAUGAUGCAAUGCUGGCAGGGUAAGCUUUGCCUUCAUUGGAAGGAAAAGCAGCUGUAAUGGUGGUCCCACUCUGAAACAAAUCUGAAUUCACUUUUCUGAAAACAGAGACUUGGUUAGUACAAAUAUGACACACAUCCACAUUAGCAAUGAAUUGCAAGCAAAUCUGAAAGAAAGCAUGUUUUUAAAUCCUUUGUAAUGUACCUGUUUGUCGUUUGAAGCUGUUUUUGUUUUCAGGAAAUAAUUCACAAAUUAAAGGAUUUCUUGUUCCGAAA